CCACUUCAUGGUAGUCGUUGACUAUGAUCUCUUCCAUUUUGCUCUUUUGCUAACGCUCCGCCCUGAUUUCAAUGUCGUAACCCAUCAAUAACACUCGCAGAAAAUUCGAAAAUAAAAAAUUCGACUAUGACAUGUUCGAAAUACGAGCAAAACCCUCCUAAAUUUCCACGGUCAACGCUCGUCUAGCCGGUCCCUGCCCUCUAAUUCGAGUCUCUCUGAUCGAAUCACCGGAAUUAGCAUCUGGGUUCGGCAAUUCGUCGCCAUUUCUCAAAUGGGUCGUAAGCCAAAUGACCAAGAAUCCUCUCGUUCGACUCUUCUGAUCUUAAUUUUUGUCAGUCUGGUCUCCUGCGCCGCCGUGUAUACGUUUCUCCCUCUUUUGCUCAGAUUCAAUGGUGGCGAUCCUUCGAAACUUGAAUCGUUCACAGUGAUUAGAGAUGGGGAUGGCGGAAAUUUGGAAGGAAGGGAAGAGAAAUGUUGCAGGGGAAUCGAGAAUUUGGAGCUUUGGGGACCGGCUGUGAAGUGGGGUUCUGAAUUUAAGUUCAAUUCCUCCGAGCUAUGUUGUAAGGCUUGUAAAGCUAUGUGUAGUGGGAAUGAUGGGCCUUGCUUGUGUGAUACUUGGGUGUAUUGUGGAAAUCGAGAGGAAUGUGGUCCUAAAUAUGGUGAAUGCUGGCUGAAGAAACAGAAGGAUACGUUGGCUCCUGAUCGACAGGAAGGAGGGACGACAAGUAUUUGGACUUCUGGGAUUAUCUUUGGAAGAGGAGAGGGAAUCAUUGCGCUGGAAACAGAUUAUGGCACCCUUCAUAUCAAGCUCUUCCCUGACUGUGCUCCCCAUUCAGUUGCAUACAUUCUCGAGUUAUUGGGAUUACGACAUUGUGCUGGUUGUCACUUCUACCGUGCAGAGGGUAGAGGGCAAUCUUGGGACUUGAAAGGAAACCACAUCGAAAAUGCUCCUUUAGGUCCUCCUUUUGCACUUGUUCAAGGAACACUUGAAUCUCAAGGUAUUCAAUUUAAGAAGAUUCCCGCUGAAGUUUGCCCAUACAUAAAGCGCGGUUCGGUAGCGUGGGUUGGUUCUGGACCAGAAUUCUUCAUAAGUCUUGCAAACCACCAAGAAUGGAACAAAGUGUAUACUGUGUUCGGUUCAGUUCUCCCAGAAGACAUGGAAAUUGCAGAGAAAAUUGCCCGACUACCUACCAAGCCCGACGUUUGGAACAACUUCAAUGUCUCCGUGUUACAAAAACCCGUCUCGUUGCGGUUGAAUAGAAUGAAGAAGAGUCAUGGAGAUCUCAACGUGAAAUCAGAUUGAUACUUUUACUGCGUCAGUUUUUUUUUUUUUUUUUUUUUUUUUUUUUUUUUUUU